AUGAGCAACCAUUUUGAAACAAACCCCAGAACGAGGCUGAAAGAGAGAAAACGAGAGGUCUCGAGAUUUCAAUAUCUGAGUAUGGAGCCAAAUGAACAGCCAUCUCAGUCUGGGUGGCCUCCCCACAAUCAACAUGGCCAGCCCAAUCAGAAUGAGUACAGUAUCCAACAUCCUCAACCAGUGCAUCAUGCCAGUCCCCAGCAGGGUCACCAACAACCAGAGCCAUCUAUACCAAAUGUAUUCAACUUUCAAGUGAAUCAACAAAUCCACAAUGUAACCCUUCAGCAGUUGGCAGCUAUUGAGCAACACCACUAUGACCCAGGACCAUCCCAAUCCAACAGUGAACAUAUCUACCAAGCAGUGCACUCAACAUUCAAUGGCUCAUCUCCUGCUAAUUCAUUCUCAGUUGGUAUGGGCUCAUUGGGCUCUAAUGAGCUGCAGCUACACCAUGGGGAGGCAGCAGGGACUUCAGAUCAUAGCACAUCAGGCAACGUACAGUCGUCAGGCAUAGAUGGAUCUUUCGUUUCACAGUCAAAGAGUUCACCCCGUGUUUCUCACAUUGACUCUUCCAACAGUCACCAGAGGUCACUAGCUGUUUUAAGUUCCGCAUCAGCAAGUAAUGCCCUAUCCAUGGCAUCCUAUUUAGCAGAUCGUGAGCCAUCCACGUCAGAAGCAACACCUUUGAUGAAGACUAUUCAUGAUGAUGAUGAUGACGAUGAGAAUCAGGAACCUGUGUCUAGCCUCAAUUUGGACUUACCGACACACAAUGUUCCACAGGAACCCCAGAUCAUGUUGGAAACCUACCAGGAUAACUGUGAUUCAAAUGAACCAGACACAACUGGAGAACAUCUCCCAGCUCACUUUUCACAACAAGAUAUGGAGGCUGAGUCUAUUAGCUGUUUCCCUGCAACGGGUGUAGCUGACAGCAACCAUCAUGGUGGGUCAGUGUCUACAGUAGAGCUAAAUAUGGGACAGACUGUUGGAGAAGGAAGGCUGAUAGCUUCUGGCUCAUUGCAAGAGGCAGAGCUUAUGUUGCCUCAGCCAGGCCCCCAUGUGGAUAGCACACCCAACACCAGUGAACCAGAAUCUGCUUUGUUACCAAGAAAGCGUAAGGGCAAGUUUAUAUCAUCCAUGAUGCAGGUUCAGCCUUCUACUUCUGAUCAAUCCAACAAGAAAAUCACAGAUGAUCAGGAUAAAGAGAACAGAAAGAAGCGACAUUACACUAGAAAGUCAGCCAGACUAACUGCAGAGCAAAAAGCUGAGAUGAUUGAAUAUGUGAGCAGGCCAUAUAAUGUCAAUGAGCUUUGGUGUGAUGACUGUAUGAGGAGCUAUAAGGAUGGCUGCCCCACACACUCACUGCAGCUGGUUUAUGACAAGGUAGUUCUCUCAAGGGCAUGGUCCAGCUUGCCUCCAAUGUUACUCAUAUUUAGACUGGCCUCCACUGCAGAACUGGGUGUAUUUGCAAAGCGGGACAUUGCCAAACGAACUCAAUUUGGUCCAUUUUGUUCUGAUAUUGUCCCAUCCAAGGAGCAGCUUACCAACCCCAACAACCUUUUACUUAUGGUUGACAGAGAGGAUGGCUCUUCUGUGUUUUAUGAUGCUGUGGAUGAGAACAAAUGCAACUGGAUGAUGUUUGUAAGACCAGCAAAGACAUAUGCAGAACAGAAUGUGGUUGCAUACCAGCAUGGCACUGACAUAUACUUCUCUGCCAUUAAACACAUCCCUUCAAGAGAAGAACUGAAAGUUUGGUAUGCACCACAUUAUGCUGAGAGGCUUGGAAUAAAGACACAUGAAAUCACAGAAGCAGAUAGACAAGCCUUAAAAGAAGAUGAAAAGUGGCAAUGUUUUGAGUGCACUAAGAAGUUCCAGAGUUCUGGUCAGCUAAUGGCCCACCUUGCUGAACAUGAAGACACGGACAUACUUUCAGAUGAUGAUAAUGAUCCUGAUGUGACAGAGGACAGUUUAGCAGUCUCUGGUAACCAUAGCAAUAGAUCCUCCAAAGAUGCCAGUGAAGGGGAAAGCAAUAAUAAAGCCUCAGACUCUGACAUGGGUGUAGAUAAUGGUGUAAAGGAGACAAGUAGCACAACCUUCCAGUCUUGGAAGAAGAAGAAGACAAGCAUCUAUCUGAACAGGCAGAUAAAAAGGGCCAGAGCUAAUACUGUUGUAAAACGUUCUAUUAAAUCUCUCUACAAGAAACGCGAGGCACAGGAGUCUGGCGUAAAUGAAUGGUUGUGCACGCAUUGUGAUCUGACGUUUGACAACUCCAGCCUGCUGAAUCUUCACACUCUCACCCAUGCUGCUGAAGAUGUAGGUUACCAGGAAUCUAAACAGUAUGAUCUUAUGGAUCAUGAGACACCUGCAGGAAUGGAGGUUACCAUGGAGACAAGUGAAAGUGAGGCUGGUGGGGAGAGUAAUGUUGUUGUUCUUGUGGCUAGUGGACUGCAGUGCCCAGUGUGCCAUAGUGUCUUUGAGAGCAAACGUCAUCUUGUUGACCAUGUUAGCACACAUGCCAAAGCCAAGCCUCGUAACGUUGAUCCCAAGAAACCAUUCUCUUGUUUAAAAUGUACUAAGUCAUUCAAUUCAAAUGAACGGCUAAUAAAGCACCAAGGAUGUCAUGUGAGUGAUGAGGCUAAGCCACUUCAAUGUGAACAUUGUAAGAAACGUUUUGUAAACAAUUCUGCUCUCUCCUGUCACCUGAAGACUCAUAGCAAUAAGAAAUAUUAUGAGUGUCCAUUAUGCUAUGAAGGAUUUGACACAAAUGCCCUUAUGAGGAGUCAUGGAGAAGCUGUUCAUUGUAUGCCAGAUGGGAGCUACUAUUGUCAGGAGUGUCCUAAAUCCUUCAGAAUGUUUGAUCUCAUCAAGAAACAUGCAAGAGUGUUUCAUCCACGGAAACAAUACGCUUGUCCAGAAUGCCAGAAACUGUUCCCAAGGACUGACAAGCUACGGCUGCACAUGUUGCGUCACUCUAAUCAUAGAGAGUUCAUGUGUGAUCUCUGUGGUCGGCAGUUCAAGCGCAAGGAUAAGCUGAAGGAACAUGUUGCUAGACUCCAUGUCAAUGGAGCUCUCUUACCUCCAAAGAUUGCUGUUGGAGAUAAAGCAUUUCAAAAGAAGAAGUUUGAGCCACAAGUUCUGCCCUCUGAGUUCGAGAGAUUUGUUUACAAGUGCCAUACAUGUCUGUUAGGAUUCAAAAGGCGAGGAAUGCUGGUGAACCAUAUGGCAAAAAGACACCCUGAUACCAAACUUGAGACAGUCCCUGAACUCAACUUGCCCAUACUUAAAGCCCAGAAAGACUUCUUCUGUCAGUAUUGUGAAAAGGUGUAUAAAUCUAGCUCCAAGCGCAAGGCUCAUAUUAUCAAAAACCACCCUGGGGCAGAAUUACCAUUGAUGGGUCGCACAAGGAAGGAAGAUGAAACAGAGGAUGGAGUCUCUAACCGUACCUUCUCCCAGACAGUAGGAAGCGUCACAACUGUGCCUCACCCCUGUGAACUUUGUCAUAAGCAAUAUGCCAGCAGAGCUAAGCUGAAUCAGCACCAAAGGAUGCACCAUAUGGGCAAUGCACCUGCUGUAUCACCUCGUAAGAUAGCACCACCACCUCAAACCCAGGUGGUAUCUUCAGAACAAAAUGGCCAAUUGCAACAAUCACAUGCAAUCACUCUGACCAACCAAGGAUUCGUGGAUCUGAACCAGCUCCAGAAUGCAGAAAUUAUAGUUCAGCUCCAACAGCCUAAUUCAGAUGCCACUCCCAUCCAGGCAGCUGACUUGCUGACCCAAGCUAUGAGUGAAAUCACACAGUCUCUCAGUGACUACAAACCACAGGUCGUAGGAGUGAAUGGUCAAGCUGCAGAGUUCCAUAUAAGUCCUCGUAUUGCCCCAGCCCCUGGACCAAGUCAAAGUAGCAACAAUGGCCAGCAAAUCCAGGUUCAGACUGGAGCUCCAGGGCAGCAGCAGCAGUCUACCAUUGAUAUAUCUCAGCUAGGCCAGGUUCAGUUCCAGCAACAACAGCUGCCUUCACAUUUGGCCCAAAUUGUGCAGGGUGUGGCAGCUGCAGGAGGUCAGGCUGCAGGUCAGGUGGUACAGGUGUCUUCAAGUGAGGUAGAGGGUGUUCCUGUCACUGUGGAGGCAACGCUGGGGCAGAAUGGAGUCACAUAUGUAGUAGGGGGGCAGAGGGUGUGGACAAACUUUAACCAAAAUGUUAGGCAAUAGAAACUAUUUCUCAAUUUACCAAUACUCUUAUGACUCAUGGCUUUCUGCAUUUAAUGCCUGUGCCAUUGAGGUUGCAAACAGUGAUUUUUCCAAAAAUAUUGACACUGUUUAAGUUACAUCAUUACAUAAGAGAGAGUAAAACCUACUUUAAUGAUGUUUUAUUGCCAUGUUAAUGUCAAGGAGGAUUGGCUCCAGAGUGCAACAUUGCCAUAUUUUCAUAUGGACAUGUUGUGAUUCAAAAAUUCAAAUUCAAACAACUG